AUGGACAGCAGAUCCGAGUCUGAAGACGGGGUGGAGGAAGAGAAGACUCCCAUGAUAGGUUCUGCUGGAAAGCCGUCGAGACUCAAAAGGGCCCAGAGAUCAUCUUGGACAAUCCCGCUCGUGUUGGGAAUAAUCACCGUGCUCCUCGCAGCCAACGCUGUACUCCUCUCUCUCUGGCUCUGGUUCCCACGAGAUUUCGACGCAGCAUGCGUCAAGCACACAUCCGCAGUCUGGUCCCCCGUCAUGGACGACAUCCACCUCAGCUACCAACCCACACGCUUCGAAGGCAACCCCUUCAUCCAAUCGAAAUACGUGCAAGACCCCGGGCCAGAGGUGGACCAAGCGUGGGCAGAUCUAGGUGUACACCUCAAGUUCACGUCCAUCGUCCCCGAGGAACGCGGACCAGAGGCCGGAAUCGACCCAUCGUCGAUCAAAGUCAACGCCUCGCUAGGCGGAGGGUACAUCACGACCGUGCGAGUGAUCCAUCAGCUCCACUGUCUGAACAUGGUCCGUCAGGCGCUGUCGUGGAAUGUCGACUAUUAUCGCAGCCGCAAGGUGGAACCUUGGAACAAAGUCGAUUGGGUCGCUCGCGCUCAUGUCGAUCACUGCUUGGACAUGGUUCGACAACAGAUCCAGUGCGACAGCGAUGUCGGCAUGUUGGCCACACGGUGGGUUCAGGAAGAAGGCGAGGCGAUCAAUUUUAUCCCGGAGUUUAGUACGACGAAAGUGUGCAAAAACUAUGAUGACGUUCUCGAGUGGGUGGUCAGUCAUGAGAGGGAUCUGAGUUUGACGCCGGCAAUCCGUGACGGCGACGUGGUCCUCAGCGACCCGAGACACAUCGAGAGGUGA